AUGAUAGAUAUCGGAGAAUGUGUCACGUGUUCGGAUACCAAUGCUAGAGCUUCAAUAUGUUCGGAUAACAAUGCUAGAGCCUCUAUAUGUUCGGAUAACAAUGCUAGAGCCUCUAUAUGUUCGGAUAACAAUGCUAGAGCCUCUAUAUGUUCGGAUAACAAUGCUAAAGCCUCGAUAUGUUCGGAUAAUAAUGCUAAAGCCUCUAUAUGUUCGGAUAACAAUGCUAGAGCCUCUAUAUGUUCGAAUAACAAUGCUAAAGCCUCGAUAUGUUCGGAUAAUAAUGCUAAAGCCUCUAUAUGUUCGGAUAACAAUGCUAGAGCCUCUAUAUGUUCGGAUAACAAUGCUAGAGCCUCUAUAUGUUCGAAUAACAAUGCUAAAGCCUCAAUAUGUUCGGAUAACAAUGCUAAAGCCUCGAUAUGUUCGAAUAACAAUGCUAAAGCCUCGAUAUGUUCGGAUAAUAAUGCUAGAGCCUCUAUAUGUUCGGAUAACAAUGCUAAAGCCUCUAUAUGUUCGGAUAACAAUGCUAGAGCCUCUAUAUGUUCGGAUAACAAUGCUAAAGCCUCGAUAUGUUCGGAUAAUAAUGCUAGAGCCUCUAUAUGUUCGGAUAACAAUGCUAAAGCCUCUAUAUGUUCGGAUAACAAUGCUAGAGCCUCUAUAUGUUCGGAUACCAAUGCUAGAGACUCUAUAUGUUCAGAUAAUAAUGCUAAAGCUUAUCUGUAUUCGGAUUAUAAUAUUAACACAAUGGAAUUUUUAACGAUACUUCAUAUGAAAUAUUUAGUGAAAAUAAGGAAGCAAGUUUAUUCGACUUAUUCUUAA